AUGGACUAUUCUUGCUCUGAUGAUGUCUGUGACAGUUCUGACGAAAAUUCAACACAAGUUCUUCGGGGUCGCAGGACGGUGAACCGAGGAAUUCUUCGCAUAAUCCAACAGUCUUCCAGCCUCGGCAAUCCUUCUUCGGUUACCGGUUAUCACUCUAACCUAAAUGUGGCGCCUCUCGCUGGCAGUGCCGACUACGGUGCCGGCGAGACAUCUGGGAAUAUACCAAAUCACUGGCCCGUUGCUGGACAUUAA